CAGAGAAUUUAUCAGUCAACAAAUCCAUCAAAAAAAAGAGAAAAGGUGUGGUAUUUUAGUGCAUUUUCUGUGUAAAAUAUCUACCAAAUUGCUGCAAUGGCUGCAACAUUGAAGCCCUAUUUAACUGCAGUUCGCCACACUCUGACGGCAGCAAUGUGUCUUUCCAAUUUCUCAUCGCAAGUUGUGGAGCGGCACAAUAAACCCGAAGUGGAGGUGAAAAGCAGCCGGGAGCUACUCCUUACACCUGUUGUCAUUUCCCGGAAUGAGAAGGAACGUGUGCUCAUUGAGACGAGCGUAAAUUCCGUGCGAAUCAGCAUUGCCGUGAAGCAGGCGGAUGAAAUUGAGAAGAUUCUCUGCCACAAAUUCACACGAUUCAUGAUGAUGAGAGCUGAAAACUUCAUUAUUCUCCGCCGGAAACCCAUCGAUGGCUACGACAUAAGUUUCCUCAUUACGAACUUCCACACUGAGCAAAUGUACAAGCAUAAACUCGUUGAUUUCGUUAUUCACUUCAUGGAGGAAAUUGAUAAGGAGAUCAGUGAAAUGAAGCUGGCUGUCAAUGCCAGAGCACGAAUUUGCUCAGAAGAAUUCCUCAAGAGGUUCUAAACAAUUUUCUUUCCCAGGGAACGUAUCGUACUACAUCAGUGUAUUCCAGAAAAUCUGUAUUCUAUACAAUUGUGGUCAGAGAGAUAAGACCCCCUGGAGCGUUUUCAAUGCAAGUCAAAGAUACUCUCUGACCGCCAAUUUUAUUUUAUUUUUUUUCUUUUAUAACAUUACAAAUAAAAGAACUUACUAGGA